AUCCUUUCCUCCCUCCAGGUAUCCAGCACACACCAUGCGGUCAGUGAUCAUGCCGGGGUAGGAACCAUCACAGUCCUUGUUAGACAGAAUGGGGACUUCCACACACUGAAGUGGGCAGCAGAGACGAUCCACUGUUCGUUGAUGAGGGAGCCGCCGCAGAAGUGGUAGCCGACAUUGAGAGACACCUGCCAGGGUUGAGAGUGGGCUGGACACCGGUAGCCACCCACAAUCCUGUCAUCUCGGCAGUUCCCCGGGAAGAUGGCAGGAUCAUUGGUGGGCAGGAGUGUGAGCCUCACUCUCGUCCAUUCAUGGCCUCCCUCAACUAUGGUUACCACUUCUGUGGUGGGGUGCUCAUCAACAAUCAGUGGGUGCUCUCCGUUGCCCACUGUUGGUACAAUCCCUAUGCCAUGCAGAUCAUGCUGGGAGAACAUGAUGUGCGAGUGUUUGAAGGUACAGAGCAGCUCAUGAAAACCAAAAACAUCAUCUGGCACCCGAGUUAUGACUAUCAGACUCUGGAUUUUGACAUCAUGCUGAUCAAGCUCUACCACCCAGUGGAGGUGACCGAGGCAGUCGCACCCAUCCCCUUACCCACAGCGUGCCCCAUGGCGGGGCUUCCCUGCUCUGUGUCUGGCUGGGGUUACACUGCCGUGAAUGGCGAGCUGAACUUGCCCGUCCGUCUGCAGUGUUUGGACGUGCCCAUACUGGACCACCAGGACUGUGAGAAUGCCUAUCCUGGCAUGAUCUCAUCCAGGAUGGUGUGUGCUGGAUACAUGGAUGGAGGCAGAGAUGCAUGCAAUGGUGACUCCGGCAGCCCUCUGGUUUGUGCUGGGGAGGUCCAGGGCCUGGUGUCAUGGGGUCAGGGAUGUGCACUGCCUAACUACCCCGGAGUCUACGUCAAAUUGUGUGAGUUCCUCUCCUGGAUUGAAGAUACCAUGGCAGCCAACCCCUGAAGAAAUUUAAGUUUCUUCACUUCUCCCAAUGUUUCCCCUCAAUCCUAUUUUCUUUUACAGCCCUGACUUUUCUUUCUAUCUCUGGUGCCUUGUCUCUUGCUUUGAAGUUUCCUCCCUUCAUAUAUCCACACUAAAUAAAAACACUUGGUAGAUA